AUGGCUGACUGUCUGUGUGAGAAUUUCCCCAAUUACAAUUUCAUGGGCUCUAAAAGAACUGCGGAUUUUGAAGAUAGAAGCCAAGAAGAAUGCGUUGUACGUUAUAACAAGAAGAUCAAAAGAGAACCGCUGACACCGCCAAGGGAAUCAUCGUGUGAGGUUGAGAAUAAGGGAUGUUCACCAUACUGGGAGGUGGAGGAAUAUAUGGUUCGCGGAUAUGAAUCUAUACAAGAUGUUCAAUGCAGUCUUUACGAUCUGACCCCAGAAGAAGAAUUGGAAAGACAAUGUGAUGAUGACGAUGGCGAAGUACCGCGAAUCGAUUGUGAUAUUGAUAUGAUGUGA